AUUCUCCUUUUGAACAGGGGUAAAUCUAACGCCCUUUGAUAGUAUUUACUACUUACUAUUGUAUUUUGUGUCUCGAAUUGCUUCAAGGGACUCGACCGUUCUUUUAUCUCUUCCUAGAGCAAUGGCUCGUUCUAAGCAGGCAACGCCAAUACGGCGCGAAACAUCGUCGGAAUACUUCAGCAAGCACGAUCGCACGCCACAGAAUAAAAGAUCCGUUCCGACGGAAACCAGCGAGAAAGCGAAUGGCCAUCCUGCGCCGCCACAAAAAUCCGGCAAGGUCGACGGCGUCGUGAUACAAUUGGUAAUCGCAGUCGCGGGCAUCUACGGCUCCUUCCUCACAUGGGCCUAUCUCCAGGAGAAGCUCACGACGACGCCGUACGGGCCGGCGUCGUCGCCCGAGCGGUUCAAGUUCCCCGUCUUCCUCCUCACCAUCCAGUCGAGCUUCGCCCUCGCGACGGGCUACAUGUACAACGUCGCGCGCACGCCGCGGGGAAGCCCCGUGCCGGCCAUGUUCCCGUCGCGGGAGAUCGUGGCGCCGCUGACGCUCGUGGCCUUUACGAGCGCGCUGGCGGCGCCGUUCGGGUACGCGUCGCUCGCCCACAUCGACUACAUCACCUUCAUCCUCGCAAAGAGCUGCAAGCUGCUGCCCGUCAUGUUCCUGCACAUCACCGUGUUCCGCAAGCGCUACCCGCUGUACAAGUACCUCGUCGUCGCGGCCGUCACCGCCGGCGUGGCCGUGUUCACGCUGCACUCGGGCAAGAAGCACGGGGCCGGCGCCUCGGGGGCGACCCGCUCCGGGCAGACGGCGUGGGGCCUGUUGCUGCUGGGCGUCAACCUGCUGUUCGACGGGCUCACCAACAGCACGCAGGACUACAUCUUCUCCAACCUGGGGCCCUACUCGGGCCCGCAGAUGAUGUGCGCAAACAACCUGCUCAGCACCGCCAUCACGGCGGGGUACCUGGUCCUGAGCCCCUGGCUGGUCCACACGGGCGUGGGCGAGUGGCUCGGCAUGGACGUCGCCGGCAGCGCGGGUGAGCUGGCCUCGGCCCUCGCGUUCCUGCGCAGAUACCCGGCCGUCUGGGUCGAUGUGCUUGGGUUUGCUGCCUGCGGCGCCGUCGGGCAGGUGUUUAUCUUCUACACCCUCUCGACCUUCUCGUCCGUGCUCCUGGUCACGGUGACGGUGACGCGCAAGAUGUUCACCAUGAUCUUGUCGGUGGCCGCGUUCGGCCACCGUCUCAGCCGCAUGCAGUGGCUCGGCGUCGGGCUCGUCUUCGGCGGCAUCGGCGUCGAGGCCGCCAUCGCGCGCCGCGAGAAGGCGGCGAAGGAGGCGGCCGCGAAGGGGAAGGCGCAGUGAGGUGUGUUCUUUCGGGGGGUUUGCCGGGCGGCGAGGGGGGCGGGAGGGUUUGGUUGGAGGAGACGAACGAGCAGGAGAGUGUUGAGUGUCUACCGUUGUGUUGAGAUCGAAGAGG